AUGGCGCCAACACUGCGGGUCACACCCCGCGAACUGGACAUCCUCAUCACGGGGUUCGGACCGUUCAUGUCCGUAGGCAGCAAUCCAUCGUGGCUGGCGGUCAAGCCUCUUCACAAUACCGUGCUCGAUCUGGACUCCACGCCUUCCCUAGCCACCGCUGCAACUACGGACGAUGCUCAAGUGAAUAAUGAUGGGGAAGGAGUGAAGGCGAGGAUACAGACGAUGCAAGUGCCCGUACACUAUGGAUCUGUGCUGGACGUUGUUCCGCGCAUCCACGGGUGCAGUAGCCCGCCGUCACCCGGCGCGCACUUCUGGUACGACUCGCGACUGGACCCCGAGUUUGGCGGCACGCCAUCGGGAGUGUAUCCAACAGCAUACCCUGUCGAGCCACCUGCGUUGAAAGCGUGGGAUGUAGUGAUCCACGUCGGUGUGGGACGGCAGGGCAGUCUGCGGUGCGAAACGCAAGCGCACAAGCUGGGAUACGGCAAACCGGACGCCAACGCACAGUGGGCACCUCUCGCCUACUCGGCCUCAACAGCGACAUCCAUUGUCGCCCCGAAACACCUUGACAAGGACGGCGCGGUCCGAGGCUUCGCUGCGGGCUACGAAGCGUUCGGCGAGCUCGAAUCCACGCCCAUCCCCGUCUCAGAGCUGAUCAGCUGGCUCAAGGCGAGAGGACUGCAGACCGAGGAAGUAGAUCAGUCGUUUGACCCAGGGCGGUAUCUGUGCGAUUUCAUUUUCUAUUGCUCGCUGUGCGAGGCGAAACGGAAUCAAGCGGGUACGUUGGUGCUGUUUGUACAUGUGCCGCCGGCGGGCGAGCGGUUGGAGGUGGAGCGAUGCACACAGGCGAUUCGUGCAAUUGCCUGGUUUAUGGCGAACAAGAGGAGCGUGACGGCAAGAGCGCGGGAUGCGACGACCACGGUGGUUUCAGGGUUCGAUGCGCCGACUGCAGCUCCGCGGACACGCCCCACCUCCAAGCAGCAGCAGCAGCAGCAGAAGCAGCCUCAGAGAGCGUCAACAGUGGGAGCGCAACAGCAGAGGUCGGCGCAGUACAAUGCAUCAUCGCGCUCGAGCACCACUACGAGUAGCGCACCGAGCAGCCGGAGGAGCAGUCUGGUGCUAGACCCGUCUGCGUAUCGGUAUUCGUUGAAUGUGGGCGGGAUAUCCAGGUUUCCUGCGUCUUUGAACGGUGCAGCUUCCGGCGGUGCGGGUGGGACGAAUGGUGCGAAUCAGAUCCUUCGUGCUUCUCGCGCCGCCGCAGCAGCAGCAUCGAGAGUUGACGCUGGAGCGUCAGCAGGUGAUGUGGGAGCAAGUAUCGAUCCGAGCCGAGCCUCCGUAUCGUCCACCGGAUCCUCCCGGGCUUCAUCGUCCCGCCUAUCCUCGCGGUAUACCGCAGAGGAAGUGGCGCCCCAGCGCAGACCCGUCUACCUCACACUGCCCUCCGAUCCGAGCGCUCUGGGUCCGUGGUCCAAUACCAGCUCCACCUUGCUAGCGCCGAGCAAGAACAAUAAAGACGCUUCUAAUAAACCUUCCAACAAGGGUGGUGAAGCUGAUGGUGGCGGUGGUGGUGGUGGUAGACCGCCGGAAGGACGGAGGAAUAGCAAGAUUAUGACGAGUUUCCCGUUCCCGCAUCCCGUGACGCCGAGGAGGAGAGGGGAUGGCGCGGGAGGCGGAGAUACGUCUGCUUCCAGUGGUGGCAGGGUUGGCUUGGGUGCUGCAUGGCAGAGACUGCUUAACGCUAUAUUUGCGGGGCCGUACGAGCGGCAGUUGAACAGGGAGGAGGUGGAAGACGAUCGUAUCACGCAAAGUAUCAUCCGGGACAUUGCGCGGCGGAACGGGUCGCCUGCUGCCACCCCUUCCUCCUCCACCGCCGUCCCAGCUACCAAGAACGCAACGUCCUACGGCACCAUCCCCAUCCCCUCUGCCACUACCACCACCAACGCCGCUGGCGGCGGAUCGCCAACUUCGGACCCGGACGAUCCGUACGGCUACCGCCAGCUGGCGGGUCCACAUCUGCUGCCGAGCUACACUACCGACCUCGUCGCCCGCCGCCGAGAGCGCCGCCGUGCGCGCAGCAGAGCACGCUUCCAGUGCAUGGCGCUCUGGACCAUCUGGACCGUCAGCAUCGUCUUGGUGCUCAUUGUCGCCGUGCUCGUGUUUAGCUUUGUGUUUCCCGAUAAGCUCGAUAUUCCCAACCGCUCGGAUGACGAGGAUGAGGACGGGGACCAGCUGGCAGGCAUGGCAGCGCUGGUCGGAGUGAGGAUGGCCAACGUAUGGGCAGGGGUGGCGUGGAACGCUGUUUCGACGAGAUGGCUCGAGGUGGGCAAGUAG